AAUCUUUUGGAGGCAAACAAACCGUCAAUUGACGUCGGAUUCGAAAUUGUAGCAAGUAAAUCUAUGUACAAAAACAUUCUAUCAACAAUGGCUCCUGUAAUCAAAAGGAACAAAAUCAGCCUUAUUGGCUCCGGAAACAUCGGUGGUGUUAUGGCUUACCUUGCACAACUGAAGGAACUUGGCGAUGUAGUACUCUUCGACAUUGCACCAAAAUUGGGUGCUGCCAAGGCUUUGGAUAUCAUGCACGCAAAUGCCAUCUACGAUACCUCCCAAAAUGUUAUUGGUACAACUAGCUACGAAGAUAUCGCCGGUAGCGACGUUUGCAUCAUCACUGCUGGUUUGGCAAAACUUCCCAACAAGAGCGAUGAUGAGUGGAGCCGUGAUGAUUUGGUGGCCCCAAACAGCAAGAUUAUGUUCACUAUCGGUGAAAAUAUCAAGAAGUACGCUCCCAACGCCUUUGUCAUAUGCAUCACUAACCCAUUGGACGUCAUGGUCAAGAUGCUGCUCAAAUCCACCGGAUUCCCCAAGAACAAGGUUGUUGGUAUGGGUGGACUUUUGGAUUCUUCCAGAAUGUGCCACUACAUUGCCGAUAAACUCAGGGUCAACCCUAGGUAUGUACACGGAUCCUGCAUUGGUGGCCACGGUGACAGCAUGAUUCCACUGACUAACCACGUCACUGUCAACGGUAUCCCCAUCCAAAGGUUCAUUGAAAGGGGAGAAAUUACCCAGGCCGAACUUGACAAGAUUGCUGAACGUACCAUUGGAUCUGGUAUGGAACUUGUUCAGCUUUACGGUAACGGAUCUGCUUUCUUCGCCCCAGCUACCGCUGCCAUUGAAAUGGCAUCUGCUUACCUCAGUGAUAAGAGGUCUGUAAUUGUCUGCUCAUGCUACCUUGAGGGUGAAUAUGGACACAACGAUGUAUACCUUGGCACUCCUGCCAUUAUUGGCGCCAACGGAAUUGAAAAAAUCAUCACCCUUAAACUCAGUGCUGAAGAGCAAGCAAAGUUGGAUGCUUCCGUCAAGGAAAUCAGGAGGUUGGAGGCUUUGGUUGGUUAAGCUAGAUACAAGGUAUAUGGUAUCUGAAAAACACAGCCUUCAACAACAUGGGAAUUAGUCGCAAAUUGCAACUGCAUGCUGAAAAUGCUGCAAUCUUAUUUGAAAUGUACCAUUAAAAUAUGCACCUUGUCUGUUUUUAAUCCAUUUCGGGAAUAAUCCGCAAAAUCAAACAUAUAUGUAUCUUCGAAGAAAUAUCUAUCUCAAUUCAAAGCAGACGAAUAGCGAAAGCUAUUUGAACGCCGCUUAGCAUAAGCACUUCUUAUUAAUAUUUACUU